AGUGCAAACAUAAAAUUGUUGCAACCUAUAAAGCUGGUUGGUUCAUAGAGAAAACGUAAUUUUCAACCCACAUAAAUACUAUAAUAAAGUGUAUAAUUCUGUAUAUAUUAUAAUAUUUGCAACACUUUGUUAAUGAAUGCCACAGCAUACUUAAGUAUAAACUAUAUUGAACUGAUAAUAAAUACUGUAAUAUUUUUUACCACAGUGAACUGUAUUGCAGUAUAAUAUAGUUGUGGAAAACUUUAUUACAGUAUUAGGUUUAGUAAUUUGUUUAUAAUAUUGCUAUGUGUUAUAUUACCACAACAAUGAUAGAUUUACAACAAUUUAAUGGAAGCACUAUAUUAUAGCACGGUUCAAAAACAUAGUAUUUACUAUAUUAAAAAAAAGUACUAUUUAUAUGUUUUUUAACGUUACAUAUGUUUUCAUGUCGGAGAUUUUAGACUGCAUGGUGUUUAAUGUUAAACAGUGUUCCUGUUAUUACAUUAUAAUGAGAAAUAAACGCGAUUUGUUCAGGGAUGACACAACUAUCUCAGGCUUUCCUUCGCUCUGACAGACCAGAGAGGGCUUUGGUUUUGACCAGCGCGAUUUAGCUAUCUCGAACAAUUGCCUGAUAGUAAUUUUAGCGUCUAUUUAAAAUAGCCUAGAAUAUAUUAGAAGGGCACAUUAUGUAUUGCAUGUAAAACUGAAAGCAUUACACAUUGAUCACGAUGGGGUGGAUACAACAGCUUGAAGUAAAGUUACUGAAUCUGUUUUUUAUUCAGGCGCGUUUCUGGAAAGCGCGCCAAACAGCCGCCUGUUUGAAAUCCGGAUAAACAGCGCAUGUAUCGGAGUCAUUCUUAAUGCAAACAUGUCCCAGAACGACGGGAUGCAUGACGAUGACCUCGAGAAAUCAGGGGAAGCGCUGAUCGAGUUCAUCAAGAGCAGCAAGGCAGAGAGCGCUCUUCAAGGAGCGAGAGAGAAGCUGCAGGACUUCUUCGACCACCACGUCAAGACCAAGAAGACCACCACCGAGCUCUUAAACGAUCUUGUGCAUGCAGAGGAAGUGGUCGGCCAGAAGCUUCUGGAUUUAGAGAAGCAGAAGAGCCAAAUGGCGCAGGAGAUGGAGAGGAUGGAGCAGGAAGUACAGCGAUGCCUUUCCAAAAGUCAAAUCCUGGACUCGGAGCAGGAAUUCUUGCUGAAAGAGCUGGAAAGACUCCGAGACACUGAGCAGGAAAUCCAGACUCUGCAACAGGAAGUGGAUGAGGACACGACCGAGGUCAUCCCUUCAGCCAUAUACGUCGCUCAGCUCUACUUUAAAGUAACCAAGAUAAAGCUGGAGGUGGACACAGAUCCUCACAUACUUAAAGGAGUUCACUACGGCGCAGAUGUGGCAACCCCCAUUAACAUAGACACAUCCACCCGCUCAGCCUGCGAGAUCAGCCACGACCUGUGGAGCCUGGUUAAUACCGAAUGGUAGAUCACUGUUCGUUUUUAUGCGUGUAUCUGUCUUUGUAAUUAUUCUGUAAUUCUGUUAAUAAAUUUGCUUCAGUUGCCCCCCCCCGACUGUCACACCACAAGAGGUCACUAUACGUUCACAAAAUACCCCCUAGAAGAAAUUUCAAAUCAGUUUUUGCCAACAUUGUGAUGAAAUGUAAUGUAAUGAAAUUAAACGUACUUUACAUACUUGA